GAAGGGUGUGGAAAUUGGUGUUGCGUAUUUUAAUCUUUAGAUAAGCCGAAUAAAUAUUAAAUUGUUUGCGGCUGCGCCGCUGUGGUACGAUAUCGAUAGACGACUAGACAAGGGUACGAGACGAAAACUACAGUUAACUAGGUUUAACUGGUAUUCACGAAUUAAAAUUCGUGGUUAUAAUUAAACGUGUUUUGCACUGCUGCAUUAACAGUAACUAUGCGUUCACCCAAACAUAAUGGAUUGAGUGAUUAAUUAAUAUUAAACAGUGUCCAACGCGAAACAAUAUGAUGCAUUUCAUGUUGUUAUUCAGUCGUCAAGGCAAGCUUCGGCUUCAAAAAUGGUAUGUUGCUCAUCCCGACAAGGUAAAAAAGAAAAUUACCAGAGAACUUAUAACCACUAUUUUAGCUAGAAAGCCUAAAAUGUGUAGUUUCCUUGAAUGGAAAGAAUUAAAAAUUGUUUAUAAAAGGUAUGCCAGUUUGUAUUUUUGUUGUGCUAUUGAGCAGAAUGACAAUGAACUUCUUACUUUGGAAAUCAUUCACCGUUAUGUCGAAUUAUUAGACAAGUAUUUUGGCAGUGUCUGUGAACUGGAUAUAAUAUUCAACUUCGAAAAGGCAUAUUUUAUACUGGAUGAGUUAUUAUUGGGUGGGGAGAUACAGGAGACUAGUAAGAAAAAUGUACUCAAGGCUAUUUCAGCUCAGGAUCUCUUGCAAGAGGAAGAAACACCUCAAACCUUUUUUGAAGACCAUGGCCUCGGUUAACAAAUGUCGAUCAAACGCAUUCCAUAGACAUUCCAAACUAAUUGAUAAAUAAAUAUAACAAAAAUUUAAUAAGUAUUAGUUACAAUUUAUUAUACUUACACAUAAUUAUUAUUAUCACUUUUUAUUAUUAUAUGUAUACAACUAUAGGUGACAGUGUUACAUGUCCGUCCAAUUUUAUUACAAUUUAUUUUGUGUCUAUAGGCAAUAAAAAUAAAAAAAUUAAC